UUUCGAUAGAACCCCAAUACCAUCGCACAAGCGUUACACUCAUCGUUCAUACAUUACCACGCAUAAUGCCGGCAAACUGUUUACAUUCCAGAACACCAAAAAAGCAGAAAGCUGAAAGAGAAAUUGAUAAUCAGCGAUGUAAAUACAACAUUCAGUCUCUUGUGUGGUCUUCCUAAACACGGACGCAUUGAAGCCAGCAGCGUUCGGUUCGAUACUUACUCAUACCGUAGCCACGUAGUCGAUCCCAUUUUCGAGAAAUCAACUUUGAAAAUGCUCUCUGUUACCUGCAUUGCUCCUGUUAAUAUAGCCGUAAUUAAAUAUUGGGGAAAGCGCGAUGAAGACCUAAUUUUACCGCUGAAUGACUCCGUUAGUGCAACGCUGUCCACUGAUCACCUUUGUACGAAAACGACAAUAACCACGUGCGAGAGUUUCGCCGAAAAUAAAAUCAUUCUGAACGGAAAGGAAGAGUCGUUUGAUAAUCCUCGUCUGUUGCGGUGCCUCGAAGAAAUUAAAAAGCGAGCAAAGGCAUCCAACAAAUGUAAACCGGAAAUACUCAAAUGGAAUGUGCAUGUGAAGACUGAAAAUAAUUUCCCCACUGCCGCGGGUUUGGCCUCCAGCGCUUCCGGAUAUGCUUGUUUGGUGUACACCCUGGCCUGUCUGUAUGGAAUUGAAAACGAGGAAAUCAGCUCGAUCGCUCGCCAGGGAAGUGGUUCGGCUUGCCGUAGUCUACACUCUGGAUUUGUGCAGUGGCAAAAAGGCGAGCACCCAGAUGGUAGCGAUUCAGUGGCCGUUCAGUUGGUGCCCCAUGACUUUUGGCCGGAAAUGCGAAUCAUCGUUUUGGUGGUGAACGACGCGCGGAAGAAGACUAGUUCCACUGGCGGAAUGUCAACCAGCGUGAAAACUUCCAAGCUGUUGAAGUAUCGUGUGGAAGAGUGCGUUCCAAAGCAUACCAAAGAUUUGGUGGAGGCAUUGAACAAAAAAGACUUUGAAACGUUCGGUAAAAUCACCAUGCAGGAUAGCAAUCAAUUCCACGCGGUCUGCCUAGAUACCUAUCCGCCAUGUGUCUACAUGAACGAUAUUUCAUUUGCCGUUGUCAAUAUGGUGCACCAGUUUAACGCCCUGAAGAAGGAAGUCAAAGUGGCAUAUACCUUCGAUGCCGGUCCGAAUGCGUGCCUUUACUUGUUGGAGAAGGACGUCCCGGAGGUACUGGCAGUGGUAAACAAAGUCUUCCCAAAUGACAAACUCGGUGAUCCGGAAUAUAUCAAGGGGAUUGCUGUAGACCUAUCAGAACUGCCAGAAGCACAGGCAGAGUUCACUGCCAGUGGGAAUAAUCUGCUGAAAUACAUCAUCAACACCAAAGUUGGAGAGGGACCGAAGCGAAUUGAUUAGGUGUAAUUAUUAGUAUAGUCUCGAAAUCGUCUACUAAUCGAAUAUGUGGUGAUGGAUAACGGCUUUCUUUCUACAAACAUACAUCCAACUUGAAAUAAAUUGAAGUUCUGAAAUUUACCAUUUCUUCAUCGGAGAA